AUGGCGACCUCACCCCCCGCGGCUCUCUACGAGUCGUUCCCCAUCCCGACCAUCGACCGGCCCUUCGGCAUCCACCUCUGGCCCAUCUUCAAUAAGGCCUUCGAGUAUGUCGCCGGCUACCCUGCCGACGACUUCAAGUUCGUCGCCGGCGAGACCCCCAUGUCGACCCUGAAGGAGACCUCCAUCUUCGUUGUCAUAUACUACAUUGUAAUCUUUGGUGGACGCGAGCUGAUGCGGAACCGCGAGCCCUUCAAGCUCAAGUCCCUCUUCCUCAUCCACAACUUCUACCUGACCGCCAUCAGCGCCAGUCUGUUGGCCCUGUUCAUUGAACAGCUCCUGCCCACCAUCGUGCGCAGGGGGCUCUUCUUUGCCAUCUGCGACCACGAUGGCGGCUGGACCCAGCCCCUGGUUGUCCUGUAUUACUUGAACUACCUCACCAAGUACCUCGAGCUUCUGGACACCGUUUUCUUGUUCCUCAAGAAGAAGCCCCUGACCUUCCUCCACUGCUACCACCAUGGCGCUACUGCCGUUCUCUGCUUCUCCCAGCUCCUCGGCCACACCUCCGUCUCCUGGGUCGUCAUCUCCCUCAACCUGGCCGUCCACGUCAUCAUGUACUGGUACUACUUCCAGAGCGCGCGUGGUGUCCGCAUCUGGUGGAAGGAGUGGGUCACCAAGGGCCAGAUCAUCCAGUUCAUCAUCGACCUCGGCUUUGUCUACUUCGCAUCCUACACCUACUUCACUUCGACCUACUUCACCUGGAUGCCCAACCACGGCAAGUGCGCCGGAGAGGAGUUCGCCGCCUUCUCUGGAAUGGGCGUUCUCAGCUCGUACCUCGUCCUCUUCAUCUCCUUCUACUUCGCCACCUACAAGAAGGAGGGCAAGGCGCCUAGUGCGCGCAAGGCCGUCCGUCGCAUGUCGCAGGCCCCCGUCCCCGAGCCCCACACGGUCGCCGCCGCCGUCUCCGGAAGCCAGACCAAGGCCAAGUCCAACGGCGUCACCACCCGAUCCCGCAAGGCUUAA